AGAAGAAAAAAUAAGUGAUUUGAAUAAAUUUAAAGAAAAGAAAGAAGAAAAUAAUGGAUUUUAUAAUUUUGGAGUAUCAGUACAUUUUCAAGAGUUUGUUGGUAAAAAAUUGAGAGAACAUCUUGAUAGAGAAAUAGAAAUAGUUGAAGUUACUCCUGAGAAACGUAAAAAGAAAAAAAAAGUUAAAGGCGGAAUAAAAUUACUGAGCGAUUCUACAGAUGUUAUAAAUUGUGAGCAAGAAAUAUUGCCGGUGCCGGAAAAGAAGAAAAGAAAACUUAAAGAUAGGAGUGAAAAUAAUAUUUCAAAUUUUGAAAAAUGUAAACAAGCUGCUGUUGAUCCAGAAUUUAUUUUAUCUAAGUCUGAAGUUGUGUCGUGGAAUGAGCGGCAAAAGGGGACUGUUUUUAAAUAUAAAAAAAUGUCUAAUGGUACAUUAAUUGAAGAUAAUUAAAUAUAAUUAAUAUUUUUUAUCAAAUUAAAUAUAUAACGCAUCCAAUAAAUCUUAAUUUUUAUAAAAAACAAUCAGUAACUUUUAUACCACCAAUUAAACUGAUAAAUUUCAUAUAUAUGUCAUAAGUUUGUGCUCAUACUUUAAUUACCAACAUGUCAAUAUUUUUUUAAAUUGAUAUUCAUUAAUUAUUAAAUAUUUAAAAGUAAUUGUUUGAAAUUGGCGCUCUUACGCAGCGGUCACCAAAACACGUGACAGCGCACAUGCGCGUAUUAAAAUUCACCAUCUUUGUGGUUAUUCUAAAAACAAACGCAAAUUGCACGUAUUGUUUACGAUUUAUUAUUUAAAUAAUUUAUUCUUUUGUAAGUUUAAUUUAAAUUAUCAUCAGAUUCAUCAACUUUUUAUUUGAAUCACUUGAUAAAUUAAUAAUUAAUGACAAGUGUAUAAAUAAAUCAGUGUCCAUCUACAAGUUAACCGGUACCAGGUCAUUGCUGACAUAAAAAUAAUAAACAAAAAUGAAUUUACCGGGAUCUGAAAAUUUAUGUCAACUGUGUGACAGUUCCGAAGCUAAAUACACGUGUCCAAGAUGUAACAAACGUUAUUGUACAUCAGAAUGUUACAAAUCAGAAGCACACGUGGGCUGUUCUGAAGAAUUUUAUAAAGAAUGCGUAGAAACAGAGUUGAAGUCUAGAGUAAAUGACCCAGAUUAUCUGGUCAAAAUUUCAAAUAUUUUAAAACGACACAAGGAAGCAUUGAUGAGUGAUGAAAAGUUAUUCAUUGACAAUGAAGAAGACGGCGAUGAUGAUGAUGAUGAUGAGAUACUGAAAGAUUUAAAUGAAUCUUAUGAGGGAAUUGAUUCAGAUGAUGAUGAAGAGAUACCAGAUCUCGCUGAAAGAGUCAAAAACAUUGACAUGAACAAUCCAAAUGAUCUCUGGGCAGCAUUAACUGAUGCCGAACGUCAAGAAUUUGAAGCCAUGAUUUACAAUAAGGAAACCGACAAAUUAUUGCCGCAGUGGGUGCCUUGGUGGUCUCGGGUUGAUAAUAAACUUGUUGAAGAACUUGAGAAUUCAUCAGAGUACAGGGAACAUUGUCCUGGUUUAGUAUCCAUUGCACAUAUCAGAGGGUUGUACAAAGCCUCUCCAUCAUUGUCUCACAACCUGGUCAAUAUUCUUUACGCGUACGUCAUUAUGGCUCUUCAUUACAAUGGCGAGCAUCAAGAUUCUUGUAGAGAAGCUUUAGAAAUUUUUCUACACCUCAAUGACGUAAUUGGUGGGGAUAAAGUAUUCCAGGAUGACAGUCUAGCUGCACAAGCAGUUAUUAAAAAGUCUAUUGAAUGCAAUAUACUGCCCGAAGAUGCUGAAACUGCCAUCAAUGAUUCCGUCAAUAAAAUAAUCCGCGGACCCAGUGGUGACAAAACUUAUUAUUUGAAAGCUGCUUUGUCUGAUCUACAUGUUUUGUUUAAUAAAGCCGAGGAUGAUCGUGGAGCAGCUAAAGGUGCUUCGGUACUUCCUAAAAAAUUCAAAAUUCCCAAUUUGAAUAAAUCAAAACUAAAAAAAAUAUAUUUACAACGUUAUUUAAAAAAAGUUGAAUUCUAUUUAGUGUGGGUUGAUAAAUUCGGAGCAGGUAUGAGUGAAUUGAAAAUAUAAUUAUUUUUUUAUACUUACCAAUUAAUACUUUAUUUUUCAACGCUCAUUUGUAAUGAAUUUAAAAAAAUAAAAAAGAAAGUCUAGUAAAUUUAUCUUCAAUUAUUCUUUAGUAUUAAAUGUGAUUAUGAAAUCAAUGCGUGACUGAUUACGUUUUAUCUCAAGGUCGCUUUUAAAAAUUUAUAUUUUCAUUUUAAACAUUUCCAAGUCGUGAGGAUUUAUAACAUUUUUUAAAAGGCCUCAGGCCUUCACUCCCCACCACUUUAUUUUAUUUAGUGUGAGAGGUAAAGUAUUGAGGCACUGAAUCAGUGAACCGGUGGCUGUCAUUCGGAGCACAAACUUAGCCGGUGUAGUAAAUUUUAAAAAAUAUGGAGGAUGUUAAUUCUCGGCAGAGUCAAUUGAAGACAAUUAAUAAAUUUUUUUGUCAUCAAAUGAUUUAUUCAUUGUGCGGCGGUAAUUAUCAUUGCGUGUCAUGUACAAGAAUAAGAUCAAAAUAUCCAGGAUUUGUUAUGAAUUCAGUAAAAGUAACGAGACAUUUCUUAAGUCGCAUUCCGCGACAUACGACACGUACUUGUCAUAUUUGUAAACAUCCUUUGUUAUUUAUUUGCCGUGCGAAAUGGUGCAAAAGUUGCUGCAAUUACUUCAAUGAUAAUGCUGAGCUUAUGGAGUAUGAAGAUGGAAUUGCUGAGAUAACUUCAACGCUCACGUAGAAUAUAAACAUUUACGUGUAAUUGAGAAUGAAUAUUUAAUGACAUGAGAGUCGGACCACAUGGCGAGUGACAGCUGCACGUUAACGCGUAACUUGACGCUUUUAUAUUUUUAAAUUCACUUUCAAACUUUUAUGUUGCAAACUAAAUUUUUUAAAGACUUUUUAAAUUAAUUACUUUUAUUAUCUUUUUAUGACGAAAUUUAUGUGGAAUUAUAAAUAAAAUUAUGUAAGAUAUUUAUUAAAUAUACAGUCAUGUUUAUAGCCAUAGAAAUUAUUUAUUUACUUUAUAUUUAUAAAUAAAAUUAAUAUAAAGCAAACAAAAUUAUUAAAG